AUGACUCGGCUCUUUGCGUUUUCUCUGUUGAGUGCGGCAGCCUCAACGGCCGUGGCUAGCCAGGAUGCUUUUCAAACCAAGUGUUCGCAGUUUGCACACAAGAUCAAUCUCCCCAACGUCAAAGUCAAUUUUGCCGAGUAUGUCUCUGGGGGUACAAAUCUGUCUCUGCCAGACAAUGCUGCUAGCUGUGCUGCACCAUACCAGGCGGUUUCGGUAGAUCUGUGCCGAGUCGCAAUGGCAGUUGCUACCUCCAACAGCAGUGAGAUUACUUUGGAGGCUUGGUUCCCGCGUGAUUACCAGGGUCGUUUCUUGAGUACUGGCAAUGGCGGGCUCUCUGGAUGCAUUCAAUAUUAUGAUCUUGCCUACACUGCUCAAUUGGGGUUCGCCACGGUCGGUGCAAACAAUGGCCAUAACGGAACCUCUGGACUGCCUUUCUACCAGCAUCCUGAGGUGGUUGAGGACUUUGCGUAUCGCUCAAUCCACACUGGCGUUGUCAUCGGUAAAGAGCUCACGAAACAGUUCUACAAGGAAGGUUUCAAUAAGAGUUACUAUCUUGGAUGCUCCACGGGUGGUCGACAGGGAUGGAAAUCGAUUCAGAAAUAUCCCAAUGACUUUGACGGUGUCGUGGCCGGUGCUCCCGCCAUUAACUUCAUUGGCCUGCUGUCCUGGAGUGCUCAUUUCUAUCCCAUCCUUGGCUCUAAUACUUCGGAGACCUACCUGACCACUGCUGAAUGGAAGGUUGUUCACGAUGAGAUCCUCCGACAAUGCGAUGCCAUUGAUGGCGCGAAGGACGGUAUCAUCGAAGAUACUGAUCUCUGCCACCCCAUCCUAGAUACUUUGAUCUGUGCGCCCAAUGCAAAGAACACAAGCAGCUGCCUUUCCGGUGCUCAGGUUCAUGCGGCCCAACAGGUUCUGUCCCCGCUGUACAGCUUGGACGGCACUCAGCUGUAUCCUCGUAUGCAACCCGGUUCCGAGAUUCUCGCUGCGCCUAUCAUGUACAACGGUCAGCCUUUCAAGUACAGCAACGACUGGUGGAAGUAUGUUGUCUACAGUGACCCGUCUUGGAGCGGUGAGAACUGGACGAUCAAGGAUGCCGCCGUCGCACUCGCGCAGAAUCCGUAUAACAUCCAGACCUGGGACGCCGAUCUGUCUCCCUUCCAGAAGGCUGGCGGCAAGGUCCUCCACUACCACGGCAUGCAGGACCAGCUGAUCAGUUCCGAGGACUCAAAGUGGUACUACUCUCGCGUUGCAGAGACGAUGAACCUGCCUCCGGCUAGUCUGGACGAGUUCUACCGUUUCUUCAGCAUCAGUGGUAUGGGUCACUGCAGUGGUGGUGACGGUGCGUACGGUAUCGGACAGGGUCUCAAGACCUAUGCUGGUAAUGAUCCGCAGGAUAAUGUCCUGAUGGCUAUGGUCCAGUGGGUGGAGCAAGGCAAGGCCCCGGAGACUGUGCGUGGUAGCAAGUUCGUUAAUGGGCCUGGCACACAAGUCGAGUACCGUCGCAAGCACUGCCGCUAUCCCCGUCGCAAUGUUUACGUGGGUCCUGGUAAAUACACCGAUGAGAAUGCCUGGGAGUGUGUCUAG